AUGGACGGCGCGACGGCCGCCGCCGCGACCACCGCCGCGGCCACCACCGCGCGCUGGCGCGCGAUCGUGGACGCGUUCGCCGCGGGCGACGGCGCGAAGGCGGUCGCGGAGGAGAGGAGGAGCUCCGCCGGCGUCGACGCGGAAUCGAAUUCCGGCGGAUCCAACUGCAGCACUCAUUCGCGCGACUCGGAGUCGCUGACCCUGGACGAGCUCUCGAAGGACGAGCGCGCGCUCGUGCACGAGCGCUGUCGCGCGUUGGGGCUCGGAAGUCGAAGCGAGGGCGACGACGCGUCGGGGACGCGCGUGGUCACGAUAUUCCGAAGAAGAGACGUCGCGGCGACGACGACGACGACGACGAAGACGACGAAGACGAAGACGACGACGAUGCCGGCGGCGCGCGCCGUCGCCGAGGACGACGACGACGACGACGACGACGCGCGCGUCAGCGCGCACGACGACUCGCUCAUGGACCUCCGCGACGCGCCGUUCGACGUGUACCGCGCGCUGAAGAUCCCCCGGCGCGACGGCGGCGGAUACGGCGGCGGCAACGCGCGCGCGCGCGCGAGCUACCAUCGCGAGAUCUCGCGCUGCCAUCCGCGCGACUUCCCCCCGGGGCAAGGCUCGUGCCACGGCUGCGGCGGCGUCUUGAAACCCGGGCGGUGGUUCCACCGCCCGUCGCCGUGCGCGGCCGCGGAAGAGGGCGCCGACGGCGGCGGGGUGGAAGAAGACGGAAGGGUCGCCGUCGCGCGCAGCCUGAGCGGCGGACGACGCGAUCUGUGCCCGCCGUGUCGCGCGCGCGAAUCGUCCAAACGGAAGGUCUGGACCCGCGACGACGACGACGACGACGAGACGACGACGACCUCGUCCGCGACCGCGUUCGUGAAGAUAAACGCGCUCGCGGAUUUAGGAGGGGAACGAGGCGUGUACGACGCGGCGCUUCGCGGCGCGUACAUGGAGCGGCGGAGGAAACUCGCGGCGGAGACGGCGCGCGCCAACGCGCGGGCGAUCGCCGCGGUCGCGGGGCCGGCGGCGCGCGCGCACAUGGACGACGACGACGAUGAUGAUGAUGACGACGACGACGAUGAUGAUGAUGAUGAUGAUGAUGAUGAUGAUGAUAACGCCGCAUUAAAUGCGUUAUCGGAAGAUGGAACGUCAACCGUCGCGACCAGAGAGGGCGGAUCGGAACAGACGCGUUUCGCGCGCGCCGUGCUCAAAUUCCAUCGCGUCACCGUCGCGUAUCUGAUCCUGAGAGACCGCGAGCGCACGGCGGUGCUCGACGCCCACGGCUGGAGAGCGCUCGUGAGGCACGAGAGUUAUCUGAGCGAGGACGUGUUCGAUUGCGAUCCGUGGGACGUGUACGAGCGGUUCUUCGCGGGCGAGGACCCCGCGGACCGCGAGUACCUUUUGAUGAACGGCGGCGACGACGACGACGACGACGACGACGAGGGGGACGCAGCCGGCGGGGCCGGCGACGAAGACGACGGCGAAGGCGAAGGCGAAGCCGACGACGACGACGCGUUCGUCGAGGUCGCGCUCGCGAAAGCGAAGCAUCAGCGGUUCGAGACGACCGCCGGCGCCGGCGAACCGAACCAGAACGCGACCGAUGUCGACGCCGCGAACGCCGACGCCGACGCGCCGCCGCCGAACCCGCCGGUUUCGGUGCUGAUGGCGAAUCCGUCGAUCGCGACGCGGUCGCGCGGCUUUGGCGGCGACGACGACGCGCUCCCUGGUCUGAGCGGCGGGGACGUGUGGGCGGCGAUGGCGAGAAGGUACGAGGAAGAAGGCGGCGGGGGGUGCGGGGGGGAAGAGGAGGAUGGAAAGGAGGAGGAGGAGGAGGAGGAGGAGGAGGAGGAGGAGGCCGAGUCUGACGACGACGACGACGACGACGACGACGACGACGACGAGAGCGAUUCCGAUGGACCCCCGGAGGAAGAGAUCGGGACGAAGCGCAAGCGCGAGGACGACGACGACGACGACGCCGCCGACGCCGCCGCCGACGACGAAGCUUAG